GCUACUUCGUGGGCUGCAACAAGCUGCAGCAAGGCUUCCCUUUCCCGGACUUCAAAGUGGCCUAUGAUGGGACGUGGUACAGCCUUCCUGGCAAGUGCCCGCAGAUGCAAUAUUUUGAGAAGACCAACUCUUCCAAGGGCAGCCGUGGCCUGGAUUGCCUGUCGCAUCAGCCCGGAGGCUUCUGUGAGGAGCCGUCGGGCACCGCCGAUUGCACCUACAACUUUGAAAACGCUGGCGAGAUCGAUCUCGACGAGCUCGAGCAGAUAUCGGGCGACUACAACAGUUGGAUCGGUGCCGGCAAUCGCGAGUACGACAGGAUUACCGACCACGGCACGGGCAUGACCUUCUGGGACAAGCUGAACGAUGAGGCCUUGGCGAAGCAGCGCGUGGCCAAGGCCAAGGCCCUCUUCGAGAAGCACUACCCUGGCUCCUAUGAAGGCAUCGACGAGCCUCCUUGCGAUUUCGAUUUCUUCUCAUUCUACAAGAUGGCACCGGGCGG